UUAGCAAUACUAAGGUCUGAGCCGGUUCGGGUUUGUGGACUGUGCAGUAAGGCGUCUCGCACUUUCUUAUAUAUAUCUUAUUCUCUCAGAGUUUCUGUGUGAGGCAGCAGCAGCACACACACAAAGAAUAAAAGACAAACACAUAGAGAAACAAUGUCUUCCCCAAGCAAACGCCGAGAUAUGGACUUGAUGAAGCUGAUGAUGAGUGAUUACAAGGUGGAGAUGAUCAACGAUGGCAUGCAAGAGUUCUUUGUAGAAUUUCAUGGACCUAAAGACAGUCUUUAUCAAGGUGGUAUAUGGAAGAUAAGAGUGGAACUACCUGAUGCUUAUCCUUAUAAGUCUCCCUCUAUUGGUUUUGUCAACAAAAUUUUUCAUCCUAAUGUUGAUGAGAUGUCUGGUUCUGUUUGCUUAGAUGUUAUUAACCAGACUUGGAGUCCCAUGUUUGACCUUGUCAAUGUGUUUGAGGUGUUUCUUCCUCAAUUACUUCUGUACCCCAAUGCAUCAGAUCCAUUGAAUGGUGAUGCUGCUGCCUUGAUGAUGCGAGAUCAUGCUACAUAUGAAGAAAGAGUGAAAGAAUAUUGUGAAAAAUAUGCGAAGCCAGAAGAUAUUGGAGCUGCUCAGGAGGAAAGUUCCAGUGAUGAUGAACUGAGUGAAGAUGAUUAUGCCUCUAGUGAUGACGCCAUUGCUGGCCAACCUGAUCCUUAGAUUUUUACAUACAAUGCCUGCCUUAAUUACACUCUUGCUUGUACAUGAUAUGAUAUGAUUUGAUAUUGAGUCCUGGAAUUGGAAGAGAGACAAAUUCAGGAGGUUGCAGGAAAAAUUUACACCUAUCUAUCUUUCUAUUCCAUGUUGUUUGUGUAAAUUGAAUCAUAAUUUAAAUGUUUCAGAUAAUUAGUUAUCAGUUAUGUGACUAGAAAAAAUCAAUUUCUGAAGGUUCAAAC